UUCAUAGCGAUCACGAGAAUACUGUUAUCAAAUGUGUAUGUGGUAUAUUUGUUAACUUGGAGUAACAACAUGGAAACACAAAAGAUAUAUAAAAAACAAGAGGUCAUAGUUGAAAUAUUUCAAAGGUUGUCUGCAAUGAGAGAUAGUAAAUUAUGCGACAUAACUUUGGUAGUGGAUGAUGUCAAAAUACAUGCGCACAAAGUUGUGCUUGCUGCUUGUUCAGAAUUUAUGAAAACAUUAUUAACAGGGGACUUUAAAGAAUAUCAACAACCAACGAUUAAAUUAUCAGAAAUAAAUGCCGAAGCAGCAAACCAAGUAGUUAACUAUAUGUAUGGCUCAUCCAUCAAAAUAACGAUAGAUAACGUUUUUAACAUACUUCGUAUUUCACGGAUGUGGUUCAUAAAUACUUUAUUGGAAGAGUGUGAACAAUUUUUGAUGAAAUCUCUUAACAUUUCUAAUGCAUUGUUAAUUUGGACCAAUUUUCGUUUACUUGACCAAAACCAAAUAAAAACGAGAGCUGAAGAUCUAUUGGGAUGUCAUUUUACUGACAUAAUGAACUCCGACAAAUUUAUGGAACUAGAAAUUGAAGAAUUAAUCGAGCUAUUAAGCAAAGAUUCAUUAUUAAUUAAAGCAGAAAGUCAAGUAUUUGAAUGCGCAAUUUCUUGGAUAAAACACGAUCAAGAAAGAAGAAAAGUUUAUAUUGCUGAUAUAAUAGAAUGUGUUCGAAUGAGUUUGAUACCAAGGACCUAUUUGAAUGAUUGUCUGCUUCAAAAUGAAUUAAUUAAGAACAAUCAUGAGUUGAUUUAUAAAAUUUAUUCGCAAUUUGCGUCAGAAGCAAAGCCUCGGAUGGCCAGAAAUGUGUUGUUCGUUAUGGGCAAAUCACAAAAUCAAUGCUCUGUGGAAUAUUAUAACUUUAAUACUGAUACCUGGCACAAAAUGCCCACCAUAACUGAAUCACAUAAUCAAAUUUCCUUCAGUUAUAUAAAAGACGUACUGUAUGUGGUUUAUAACAAAUCCGCAGGAAGUGACCUUGUAAUUGCAAAAUACAACUUAAUCAGAGGAAUAUUAUUUGAUCACAAAACGUUAACAAAUCUUAAAACAUCAUUUGAAGAGGUGAUCAUUUUAAAUAAUUUUAUUUAUAUAUUUAGUACUAGAAAUAGAAAUGGUUAUUCAGCAGUCCCAGAAAAGGUUGAUUUAAUAACUGGCACAAUAACAAGUAUUACCUCCAUGAAUAUUGCAAGAAGAGACGUUGCUUUAUGCGGUUUAGACAAUUUUAUAUAUGCGAUUGGGGGAACGGAUGGCAAUCAAGCCUUGAAAUAUGCGGAACGUUACAAUAUACAUACAAAUGUAUGGGAACGUCUCUCGGAUAUGAACUAUCCAAGAAGACGUGCAGUUGCUGCAUCUGUUAAAGGACUAUUAUAUGUAUUCGGAGGUUUAAAUAAUGUUAGUGAUGCGUUGAACACUAUUUCAGUAUACAAUCCCGAAAAUAAAUUGUGGACCGAUAUACCUUCAGAAAUUAGUUUUUGUUAUACUGAACCAUUAUCAAUAACAUCUUAUGAAAAUAUGAUAUACGUGUUUGGCAAAGAUAAUGCGCUAGGUGGUGGUACCAAUCGCGUUGCAGUUUUUAAUCCAGAAACGAAAACUUGGAACAAAGACUUAAUUAAAUCAAGUAUCUCCUUAACUAAAACAAUUUAUGGGGCUGCAUUUAUGAAGAAUUUUAAAUAAAGUUGACUGCGAAUUUUUAUCGACAAAUCGCAAAAUUGUAAAAAUUUGUAAUUUUCAAUAAAAUAAAGAUAAAUUCUUGUUGUUUAA